AUGCCAGCGAUUUUAUUCAAAGGCGAAAAGGGUUCCAGGGGUGAUCCUGGCUUGCGAGGUCCUGUUGGAGAUCCUGGUGAAACGGGAAUGAUCGGCUACAAGGGUUCCAAAGGCCGUCCGGGGCGACAAGGGCCACCUGGGCGACAAGGCGACCCGGGAGACUAUGGAGAAAAUGGGAAGCGAGGCGAACCGGGAGAGCCGGGUCCGAGGGGGUUCAAAGGCGAACCUGGAAUUGACAGAUCUCCAAGAAGGAGGGAAUACAACAAAGUCCAGAAAACCGUCAAAAUGAUCGUCAACGAAAUCUGCGGUCAAAAAAUUCUCCCUUCAUCCAAUUAUCUCUGCAAAUCAAACACAAAUAAAUAA